AUGGGAAUAAUUAGUCCAUUCGAGGCCCAGAAUGUGAUUGAACGCGUUACUCAAUCAAAAUGCGUCACGCUCCAUGUCUAUACACCGCGCCAGAACCGCAACUUUCCUUCCCUGGAUAGACUGAUGCUUUACAAUGUUUCCAAAGAGCCAUGCGAGAUCGAAGUCCCCGAGACUCUCCGACUCCUGCUUAAUCUGCUCGCCGGACAGCUUUAUCUGAACUCUUAUUCGGAAUAUCAGCGACUAUGUGAGUUUUUGGGUGUAGCCUGGGAAAAAACGUCAGAAGGAUUGGUUGUUGUUGCGGACGGUUUCAUCCUCCAAGGGGGCAACAAAUCCAAAACGCCCUUCCAGCAGAGCCCUCUGAAGUUUCUGAGGAUCUUUCUGUCGGAGAUACGCAAGGAUUGUCGAGAUAUCCAUAAGACACAUCUGGGUCGGAUCGUGAAUGGUCGUCUUUUGCAUCCUUCUGAUUUCGAAGACAGUCCAGAAGAACUGGGGGUGAUGGAUGAACUACGCUGA